UGACGUCACUGUCCGGGAACAAGAUGGCUGCGUUUGUUUUGUGAAGGAGGCUUCUGUCUGUUCGCUAAAGCGAUGCGGUCACAUACGGUUUUGCGUGUUUUGUUGUGUUUUCAAAGCCUUUUCUGAUAUUAAAACACAACUCACACGCACAUACAAACCAUUGUUACUGCCAAAUUUCCCCCGGGUAGACGUCGGAAGCGGGCAGAGUCCGAGUAUGGACGCCGGGGAGUUCCUGAUGGAUAAUAUGGACCCUACUCUGUCCGAGCUGGGGGACGAGUUCACCCUGGGGGACAUCGAUGAAAUGCUGCAGUUUGUGAGUAACCAGGCUGAUUUUCCUGACCUUUUUGAGGAUCAGGUUGGAUCAGUGCCACUGCAAGCUGGGGUUGGGUCUAACAUUCGGCCGUCCGCUGCCGGGCUACAGAGUAACCCGGUGACCCUAAUGCCUGCCACCCCAACACCUGCCCUUCCACUCACGCCACCACACACACCUGUACAGACCAUCACAGGUCAACAAACCCGUGUGCCGCCACUGCUGCAGCCCAGACCACAACCUCAGCAACAUAUACAGGUGGCUGCAGCCCCAGUGCCUCUGCAGACGCAGACAGUGACAGUGCAGUCUCAGAGUUUUCCUGUUCAGACGCUGGCUGUGCAGGCUCACACUCAGACACUUCCAGUGCAGACACAGGCACAGACAGUGAUGAUCGCUCCCACGGCAGCGCAGUCACGAUUCAUACAAAACCCCGUUAUCUGCCACCAGAACCCCAACACCAGCUUCCAGGUCCUUCAACCACAGAUGCAGAGCAUUGUAACAUCACCGCAGGUUCAGCCGAUGACUAUCCAGCACCAGCGUUUGUUAACUCCUCCUUGUCAGACAAUCCAGACACUGUCCACAGCACCCACUGCUGUUCACACCGUGUCAUCACAGGUGCAGCAGGUGCAACAAGUGCAGCAAGUACCUGUGUUGGUGCAUCAGCCGCAGAUUCUGAAGACCGAUUCAUUGGUCUUGACCACAUUGAAGCAUGAUGGAACCCAGGUCCUCUCCACCAUGCAGAAUCCAACUGGAAUCACAACUCUCACCACACCACUGCAGACUGCACUACAGGUUCCGACACUGGUGGGCAGUAACAUUCUGACCACUGUUCCAGUUGUCAUGGGCGGUGCUGAAAAGUUACCCAUCAAACAACUCCAGUCAGGCCCCACCCACAGUGGGGGCAUAACCAGGACUGUGGUGGAGCAAAGCACAGCUGUUACCACGGCAACAGGUGGAGUGGUGAAGGAGGGCGAAAGGAGGACAACCCACAAUAUCAUUGAGAAGAGAUACCGCUCAUCCAUAAACGACAAAAUCCUUGAGCUCCGAGACCUCGUCAUGGGCAGCGACGCCAAAAUGCAUAAGUCAGGUGUGCUGCGGAAGGCGAUAGACUACAUUAAGUACCUGCAGCAAGUGAACCACAAGCUGAGGCAGGAGAACCUGGCACUAAAAAUGGCCAGCCAGAAACACAGAGUGAUUUGUGUGGCAGAUGAUGUGGAGAUGAAGCCAGAUGUGUGUGUGAUGACUCCACCCCCUUCGGACUCCGGCUCCAGUUCUCCACCUCAGUCCUCUCCGUUUUGUCUGGACUCCGAGCCAGGCAGUCCGCUGCUAGAACAUGAGCAGGUAAAGAGUGAGCCAGCUUCCCCCUCCUCCUCUGUCGGUGUGAUGGACCGCUCCAGAGUGCUGCUGUGCGCUUUGACCUUCCUGUGUCUGUCCCUGAACCCUCUGCCCUCGCUUCUGGGCUCGGAUGAUAACGGUGCCCCUUCAUGGCCUGGAGGAGAAGGACAUGGACCCUCUAGAUCACUUGUCUGGCUGCCUGCACAGACUCAGAGCUUCACAGCGUGGCUGUGGUGUGUGUUGCCGUGGGUAACAGUGUGGGUGUUGUCUGGAGUUGGAGUGGUAUGGGGGUGCGUGAGGAUUUUGUAUUUGUGGGAGCCAGUAACACCCCUACACUCUCCAACAUCGGUGCUGUUCUGGAGACACCGCAAACAGGCCGACCUACAGCUCUUUAGGGGUGAUUACAGCGCUGCGGUGGUGAAUUUAGAGACAUGUCUUUCUGUUCUGUCCCGGGCUCUACCCUCUACCAACUUUGACCUUGCCUGCUCUCUCUCCUGGAAUCUGAUUCGCUACUGCUUGCACAGACCCGCCCCCUUUGGCUGGCUUGUGCGUCUGGUUGGUGGAAAACAUGAGGGGGAGGAGUCUCAGACCAGCUCUAGAGAUGCAGCUCUAGUCUACCAUCGACUCGGCCAACUGCAGCUUACAGGUAAAAUGUCGGAGCGCAGUGCACUGUGGGGUGUCUGUGUGUGUCUGAAUGCUGUUAAUCUGAGUGAAAGUGCACGGGGAAAGAUGAACUCUACUGAGCAUGCUCAGAUUUACAUCUCUGCCGCCAUUUCACUUCGUACUGCACUGGGGAACCACCUCACAUGUCUUCCUGGUUAUCUCUUGAGUUGUGCAGAGAGUUUGAUUGGUCAUUCAGACUCUAAGCCCCUCCCAGACAGCCUACGUUGGCUCUUCACUCCUUUAGGCAGGCAGUUUUUCCUGAGCUGUGAUUGGUCAGUGAAGCCAGAGAGCAGUGGAGGGGUUUACACUUCUGAGAGAGAGCAGGCGGAUCCUAUUGCACAGCUGCAUCGCUGUUUCUGUGAAAAGCUUUUGGAAAGAGCCGUCCACACACUCAUCCAACCUCACACUGACACAGAGACGAGCAAACACAGGGAGGAGAACGGAGAGUUCAGUGGUGUGUUGGAGUUUCUGCAGUUGUUGAACAGCUGCACUGAAGACUCUGCUUCCCCCACUCCACCCUUCCCUGCUCUGGCCAAUCACAAUAUGACACCAGUGGGAGACCCUGUGUGCCGCUGGUGGGCAUCCAUCCUGAAGGCAUCUGUUCACUGGCUGCAAGGUGAUGAUGUGUCUGUGAGGUUAAUGCUCGCGGAGGUUGAACGAAUGCCCAGGGCUCUACACUCAAUAGACCACCCAUUGUCAAAGGCUGUGCUGGCGCUGUGUAAGGCGGUGCAGAUGAGUGUGUGUCCACAGAAGGGAGAGGGAACGUUGAGCUGCAUCACACACUGCGAUCGGGCCAGUGCCUACCUGCAUUCCAGCAUCUCACACACACACACCUACACUUGGUUGCACAAGGGAAUGGAGUUGCUGAUGUGUGACCUUCUGCUCACUCUGAGGACCAGCCUAUGGCAACGAGGAGGCGGAGCCAAUGGAGAGCCAGGCCCUGCCCCCAGUUCACAGUUGGCUGGAUUCCAAAGGGACCUGAGCUCUCUUCGUAAACUAGCUCAGGGUUUCCCCCAGGCUCAGCACAAGGUGUUUUUGCAUGAGACUACAGUUAGGUUAAUGGCAGGAGCAAGUCCAACUCGUACACACCAGCUACUGGAGCACAGCCUGCGCCGAAGAACACACACUUAUACAGAAGGCGUAUGUGUUGCUGGUGAACGCGAGAGAGCACAUGCCAUCCUGCUGGCUUUCAGUCAUCUGCCUGUGCCCCUGCUGACCCCUCCUGGACACCGUGCCCGCAUGCUUGCAGAGGCCAAACGCACACUGGAGAGAGCAGGGGACCGCCGCACACUCACAGACUGCCAGCAUAUACUGCUGAGAGGGACCACCAUCACCUCAUAAACACAUAAACAUACUGCAGAUAGUGGGAUCAAUCCAUGUAAAAGUCACUGAGAAUCUCUCAACUGACCACCUCUGAUUUGCUUUUGGUAGUAAGCUGAUGAUGACGAUGAUUCAAAGGCAGAAAUUGCCAUGUUGCGGCUUUAUAAGCAGUUUUAAAUACGUACGUGUAAUGUUUUAUUAUAAAUAAAUUAUUUAGCCAUACUUCCCAGUUUGUACUGGAGGUUUUUAAAAGUGCGAAAUACUAUCUGAGGAAAAUUACUAGCAUUUUACGUACAGUGUCCUGUACUGUGUCUGUUAUAAUGAAGGAAAACACCAAUUAUUUUCUAUGUGUAGUACAUGGACAUGGCAUUGGGGCUCACUGCUCACUUUGUACAGUGUGACAUUAAGAAAGGUAUUAGCAAGCUAGUGGCUUAUUGUGCUUCCAGAGAAGAAAAAUUCAUGAACCCAGUGAUACACUUUAUCAUCCUGAUUUUUAACAAGAAUGUAAAUGCACUAAAUAUUUUAGACCAGGGGUUCCCAACCUUUUGCACCCCAAGGCCCGCUUAACCCACCCCAAAACUUUUCACGGCCCCCCAGAAUAUUUUUUAUUGCCGUUUAAAACCAAAUACAGUGCAACCAUCCACGUGAUCUGCAGAGGUGUAAAAUUCAGGUCCAGAAAGUGAAAAUCCUUCCCAGGAUUUAGUUCCAACGGCCUGACUUCUCUAGUUAUAUAGAAUCACCAGCAGAGCUGUCCAGUUGGAACAAAAUCCUGGGAAGGAUUUUGACUUUCUGGACCUGAAUUUUACACCUCUGGUGAUCUGUGAAACUGACUGCAUAAUCACACAACAAAAGAAACUAAACAUUUACAGCAUUUGUCACUCACCUAAUGAGAUGGCUGAUGUUGUUUGCCAUCUACCAAGUGGUGAAUGUCAGGUUGAAGUGCAGAAAGUUGCAAACGGAGGUCUGGCUCAACAUUAAGCCUAUUCCUGUAUUUGGUCUUGAGUACCACCAACAUAGAAAAUCCAGUUUCGCAGAGAUACGUUGUGGGAAAUGGCAUCAGGAAUCUCACUGCCUUGUCUGAAAGAUGAGGGUACUCUGACCUAACAUGAAGCCAAAAAUUUACCAAGGACUUUUGUGAAAAAAUUCAUUUUAAAGCACUGACACAAGAGAGAUCAAUAAGGCUGUCCUGCUCAGACGCACUCAGACUUGCGAUGGCUCCUUGGCAUAUGUCGACAAAGGGAUUUUCUAUCCAGCUGAAAUGGACGUCUAGAGCUCUAGAGCUGGAAAGUAAUCGCCUAGCUGCAUUUUCAAACUUUGCAGGUGCUCAACAAUCGGUCUUGAAACCGCAUUUGGCAGAGCAUUUGAGUAUUUUCUUUUGUCAGGAAAUCUGACAGAUCGUCAAAUUACUCGUAGUUUGACUGUUCCACACGCUUAAAUCAAACUCUCCCCAAAUUUAUGUGGCAUUCCAGCCUUUGCUAUUAGCUGCGCAACACGGUAGGAAGCCUCAACAGCUUUAGCAUUAUCGGUUCCAGAGCAAGCCAAUUCAAGGGUCUUUUUCCUGCUUUGGUAUUCUUUAAGUUUGUUCUCAAAAAAUUCCACAGGUUUAGAUGCAUACUCGCUGUGUUUAGUCUCCAAAUGCCGACGUAACUUGGUUGUCUUCAACGAACUCAAACUAAACACGUUUUGUUUUGCAAACAAACGAACUAAAUAUGCUGAACUAUCUAUUUAUUGGAGAAAAAAUAAGAUUUUUGGCCUACAGCCCCCUUGCUGUACGUCAGGUUGGAAACCACUGUUUUAGACAUAGUCUAGGCCUCAUGUGUACUGCGCACAGUAACAUUGAUUUCUAAAAAUAUUAAGCAAAUCUGAGGUGGUCAAAGAGAGUUUCAAAGUUGAAAUCAGAUUACUGCACUUCACCCCUGUAAACACACAGCUGCUGGGUUGGCAUACACACACACACACACACACACACACACAGACACACACACACACACACACACACACACUAACCUUAUGUACUCAGGCUUGAGGCCUUACUGAUAGGAAUUUCCUCUUGAUGCAGAUAUGCACAAACACAUACACACACAACUAACCAACACAGAGACUCGCACACAAACACAUGUAAGAGGAAUAUAGGCUGAGGAGGUUUGAUUAGAAUUAAAAUCUCAUCACAGCCCAGUGCGUCUCCAUCUACCUCACACACACACACACACACACACACACACACACACACACACACACACACACACACACAUACAUACAUAUACAUAUAUAAUGUGUGUAUGUAUAUAUACACACAGUGCACAGUGCUUUAACAUCCCUCACAUUCACCCACCCUCCCAGUCUACACAUUGUGCAUGAAGUGGGACCUGCAACCACACACACACACACACAGCAGGAUGUACAGUGCUGUGUAAAAGUCAGAUGCCAUCUUUCAUUUCUUUAAUUUUCAGUCAAAAAAGCCAUUAAGUACAAGUUUUUGUUUCAAAUCUACAGAAUCUUUAAUGGAAUCACUGUGGAAAUUCAGCGCAACAUGUUGGGUUUAAAAGGAUGUGUAGCUGUCAAGAAGCCAUUACAGAAAUUUUUAGUAUCAUACAAACAUUUUAAUCAUCUACAUUUGGAUUUUCAGUAUAUAUUUUUACUUUUCACUAACAUUGAAAAUGAUUCAUUUGUACUUAAUGGCUGUUUUGACUGGAAAUAAAAUAAUUAGUCUCUGAAUUUUGCACAGUACUGUCCAUUAUGUAUUAAUUAUUAUAUAAUUAUACACAGUGUAGACAUUAUACAACACAACACCUAUUUCUGUAACUUGAGCUCAUAGAAUCUAUUAUUUAUUCAGAAUGAUAACACCCACAAUUACUCAACACACACCACACAGGCGCACACACACACCAGAUUGUAUAUAAACUGUACAUAGCAUUGUAGAGACCAAAGUCAUAUAUAAAGCUUAGUGGGAUCAGUUCACCAGUACAUGUGCGAGAGAGAGUGGUGGAAUUGGGGUAAUAAAUGGUGUACAGCUGAAAAAUGGUCUUUCACAGCUUUUAAUUCUUUUUUUUUUUUUUUUACCGUGCUUUCUCUGAGAUGGUUUUCUUUUACUUUGGUGGUUUUGCCUGUUAGAGCUGUGUGUGUCUCUAAGAAUUUAAUGAGCUGUUUGUCACAAAAACUUGGUUCAUUUAUUUGUUCUUGUAUAUUUUUUUUCCUUCAUCUUUUUUGACCAGUACCUUUUCCUGGCAUCUUUCACAGUUCUGGAUGUCAGUUUGUCCUGCUUGCUGACACAGAAAUAUCAGCUAGGAAUUUUAGGCUAUUCAAUAUAUAUAUAUUUUUUUUUGUUUUUCUUCAUUAAAACUGCCUGUGUGUGUUUACAAGGAGGUGGAAGUGAUUUUAUAGGUAAUUUUUAUUUCUUGUGGAUUUAAAUGCUCAAAACUAAAACUGUAGCUAAAGGAAUAUCUAGACUGUUUGCUUUUGGAUAGUGGAGCUGUGUGUGUGUGUGUGUGUGUGUGUGUGUGUGUGUGUUAAAGCCCAGUAAUGGACUGAUCUGAAUGGGUGGAAUUUCUGCUGAAUCAUAUACAGAUGGCUUCUCUUAUAUGCUUCCCUUUAAACGUGUUUGCUUUUUCCUGUUUAUUUUGUUUUGUAAUAAAACAGCAGAUGGCAUUCAACACAC